AUGGAUAAACUCAUACCUUUGAUCAAUGAAAUUCAUGAUGUGUUAAGUAAAUCGUAGCUCAGUAAUUAAUUGAGACUUCCUUAGAUAGUAGUUAUUGGAUCUCAAUCAACAGGUAAGAGUUCUCUUCUUGAAAGUAUCGUUGGUUAGGAGAUACUUCCAAGAGGUAAAGGAAUAGUCACAAGAAGACCAAUAGAAAUAUAACUUAAAAAUCAACAAAAUGCAGAAUAAGACUAUGUCGAAUUUAGUGAAAGAAGAGGAGAAAAAAUUACAGAUAUGGAUUAGGUUCGUAAAAUGAUUGAUGAAGAUACUGAAAAAAUAGCUGGAAAAAACAAAGCAAUUUCAAAUGUCCCACUACGUCUAAAAUUCUAUUCCAAAAAUGUUGUUGAUUUAAUAUUGGUAGAUCUUCCUGGCAUGACUAAGAAUCCAGUAGGAGAUUAGCCAUAGGACAUUGAGUAGCAAAUUCUUAAUUUAAUUGAGCCAUACAUUAAAAAUCCAAAUAGCAUUAUUAUGGCCGUUUCUAAAGGUUCCGAUGAUCUUGCUAAUUCAGAAAGUUUGAAAUUAUCAAGAAAAAUCGAUCCAUAAGGUAAUAGAACUAUAGGAGUUAUCACAUAGCUUGAUCUAAUUGAUGAAGGAGCUGAUGUCCUUAAUGAUUUACAAAAUAAAACAUAUCCUCUAAAAUUAGGUUACGUGGGUGUAAUCAUGAGAGGCUAGAAAGACAUUAAAAUAAAAUCUAUUAAGGAAUAAAUUGCAGAUGAAAAAGCUUAUUUUGAAAAUCAUUCUAUCUAUAAGCGUGUUUCCAAUAAGAUGGGUAUACCUUACCUCAUAAAAUUACUAAAUUUGAGUUUGAUGAACCAUAUAAAAAAGACACUGCCAAAUAUACGCGAAAAUAUAGUUUAAAUGCUCAACGAUAGAGAAAACGAUCUUAAACAAUAUGGUGACUAUUCUUCUCUUGAGGAUAAAAAAGAUAGAGGUAUUUUUGUUCUCAGACUCAUCUCUCAAUUUACCAAAUCAUAUAAUUCACUCAUAUAAGGACAUUACAUUUAAACAAACAAUGAUGAACUUUAAGGAGGUUCUAGAAUUCAAUAUAUAUUCAAUAAUAUAUUCAGAAAGUCUAUAACAGAAUUAAAUCCUUUUGACAUUCUCAAAGAUGAAGAUAUUAGAACUGCUAUUAAAAACGCUGAUGGUUUGAGACAAUCUUUAUUUGUGGCUGAAGGAGCUUUCGAAAAUUUAGUCAAGUAACAAAUUUCUCGUUUACUAAAUCCAUCAAUUCAAUGCUCUCACCUCGUAUACGAAGAACUCCGUAGAAUCAUAAAUUUAAUUAAUGUUCCAGAAAUAUAGCGCUUUGAUAAUUUUAACAAUCGUAUAUUCUAAGUCAUGGAAGAUGUUUUAGAAAGAUCUUUGAAGCCCACUGACCAAAUGAUAAAAAAUUUAAUUGAAGUAGAAUUAGGAUAUAUAAAUACUAAUCAUCCAGAUUUUAUAGGAGGAAUUGAAUUAGUUUAAAAUUAAUCAGAAUAAAUGUGCAAAGAAGAAGAAUAAAAAAGGAAUUAGUAAAAGCCUCAAGCAGCUUAAUAUGCUAAUAAAAAUGAAAGGGGCUAAGAAACAGACUCUGAUGCCAAAUCAGUCAUUUCAAAUAAAUCACAAGCUAUUGGAGGAAUAGAAAGAAAUUAGAAAAGACAGCAAUCUUAAAACGUAUAAGCAACUUCUUAAUCAACUCCUACUGAUUAAGAUAGUAGUUUUUGGUCUUGGCUCCCUUUCUCUUCUAAAUAAAAUAAACAAACAGAGUUAUUGGAUAGUAAGUUAAAAAUAAUGAACAUGAAAAAGCUUGCUGAAGAAAAUUAAGGCAAAGAUUUUAGUGAUUCUUAUUCUUAAAACUCCCCUAAAGGAUACACAAGAAGAGUAUAUAGAGAAUUCAUGGCACCAUAAUCGUAUAAUGAUGAUUAUUCUAUUAAUAAUAUCAAUUAAGGAUACUAAGGAAAUUUACCCUAGGUACCAACAAAUAUAAGACUUGAAGAUAAGCCUUCAAAAAGAGAAAUGAGUGAAGCAGAAAUGAUUAAAAAUUUAAUAGUCUCAUACUUUAAUAUAGUUAAAAAAAAUAUAAAUGAUUCUGUUCCCAAAACAAUAGUAUCUUUCUUAGUCAAUAGAAGUGUUAAUAUAGCUGAGAGAGAAUUAGUAAGUAAUUUAUACAAAGAAGAUAUAUUUGAUGAUUUAUUAGCUGAAAACUCAUACAUUGCCAAAUAAAGAGAAGAAACAAAAGCACAAAUGAUUCUUCUUAGGUCAUGCCUAAAUGUCUUAAAUGAUCUUGAUGCUAAAUUUUGA